CAUGUGUGAAUGUGUGUGCGCGCGCGUGUCUUGCCAAUAGGUUCAGAGAACCAAAGAAUCACAGGGUGUAGAUCCGUCGGUGUAUAAGCUGUAGACCAGUUCAACGCGAGUCGUUCAGUGCUUACCAUGAAAAUUCCAAAGUGUCUACUCCAUGUGGCGGAAGAAUUGUUAUAAUUUAUAAUCUUCUUUUAUUAGACUGAUGAAGAAACGUCCUGGAAUUGAAGCGAAUUUCUAGUAUAUAUGUAUAUAUAGAUAUAUAGAUAUAUAUACAUAUUUAGUGAAAGUAAAAGAAAAAAAUGCUAUGUUGUGGUUGCCGUCAAUUCAAUUACGAAAUCUGGAAGAUAAUCCAAUAAAAGAUCCAUAAAUUAAAUUGAAUUUCCACUUUGAUAUAUUACAAACGAAAAUUAUCGAGUUUGAGACACUUUGGAAAAUGACGUCAUGGAUUCUAAUGUUUGGAGCAUUGUUUCUAGCACAUCAAUCGAUAAUCGUGACAGGGGAAAAUUGCAUGAAAGAUGAACACCAAAAAUGCAUAUCCUUAGCGGAUCCUUUACUUAAGGAUCCACAACUCAUUUUCCCAGACAACAUGAAGGACAUUGAUAAUGUCUGCAGAGCGUGGUCCAAUUUUGUGGACUGUAUUAGAAGGUACACUGAUAAAUGCUUUUCCAAAGAGAGGAGAGAGCAAUUUAAUUCAGCCGUUGAAGUUUCAAUAGAAUCUGUUCAUCAAAUGUGUUCAGUUUCUUCAUAUCAAACUGAGUACUUGCAACACGCUUCUUGCAUAAAGUCAACGGUAAUUGAUUCUGAGCACUGUGGUAAUCAGUAUGCAGCUCUCGUUAACGAAGUAUCGAGAAGAGAAGUAGUAAAACCGAAUCUCUGUUGUGCACAUUAUCACUUUCGAACGUGCGUCAUAAUGGAAACGAGAAAAAGAUGUGAUGGGAAUGAACCCGAAGGAACAGCUGCAAAAUUCUCAAGGCAAAUCUUGGAUAAGGCUCUCAGUUUCUUACAAGACCAAUGUGCAAAUUACAUACCAAACAGUGGCAAUUGUCCCGUAUCGAUGAUGGAUAAUUCUGUGCCACUGUCAGUGAGUCCACUUGGCGAGGGUUCGAAUGCAUUAUCAGGGGGACAAAGCCGUUCAUAUCAACGUACGGCAUCGCCUGAUACUUAUGCGAGUAAAACCAGUGACUUUUACAGCGCCUUCCCUAACACAGCUUACCCUACGGCAUUCAAAAGUACCGGACGUGCCCUGAAUCCACCAUCAGGCUCGGAAUCUCGAAUAUCUUCUUCGAGUGAAAUUAAACCCUCAUCAGCUCAAACAUCAUCGAAUGUUGUACCUCAAAUGAGUACUGAAAAAUCUGUCGUAGAAUUAAAGACUGAAAAAUCAACUGAAAGAACAACAACAACAAUAGUUGAUGUCAACAACAAUGUUAAUAAUAAUAUAAAUAAUGAAGAAUCAGUUGCUAUCGUUGUGACACAACGAUCACCCAAUUAUGGACGAGGAAUGUCUUGGACAACGCAAUCAACGAAAACUUCUUCAGAAAUUCCCGCUUGGGCAACGAGCACUUGGUUAGCUUCAAAUCAGGCUCCAGUGACGGAAUCCUGGUUUCCAGAGGCAGGAAGUUUUGGUGGCAACAACAUCGACGAACCAAAUCAGCAAGGUCUUUCAAAAAAUAGUGAAAGAAAUCUUAAAAAUUCCCUAAUAAUCACUGUAUUAUUAAUUAGCUUCGUUUUUAUAUUUUAGAUUUGCACUUUUUACUUGUAUAGCGAAAGAAAACAUUCCAUUCGAGAAAUUUAUAUAUAUAUAUAUAUAGAGAGAAAAAUUCACAAUUACUGAUACUAUUUUUAAAAAAAUAAAUUUCACAUGAAUUA